AAAUGGAAACAUCUCAAUUGAAGACUGUAGGUAAAAGAAAGUCAAUUAGUCACAUAAAACAGGAAGAAAUCCAAGACUCCAACUGGGCUAUUUAGAAUCCAACUGCUCUGACCAACAGCCAAUGCCAUCGGAUUUAGCCCAAUUGGAUAGCCAGAAAAUCCCAUGACCCAAGAGCCAACUUUCUUCACCAUAAACUAAAAUACUGCCAUUUUAUCUUUAACCCGGCGCCACUGGCAGCUUCGGCCACGGUUGAAGAGAGCGAGCUAGGAAGAAGAAAGUGUUGGUGGUGGUGGUGGCUGGCUGCAACCUAGUUGCUCAUCAACUAUGGCUACCAACAUACCCAUAUCUCUACCGAGCCUACAGCCUUCCCCUUCCUUUUCCAAGUCAAGAUCUCACUUUUCUCAAAACUCCCAUAACUCAUCUCUAGCCUUCGGCUCUCUCUCCUUAUCAACAUCAAGAAAAGCCAUCCAUUUCCGCCUUCCAUUUGAGUUAAAUCAUCAGAAUAAAAGCAACAAACUUUGGAUAACGUUUGCUACUCCUGAAGAGGUUCUGCCAUCAGAUUCCACCCCACUUGACAAUUCCGAGCAGAUUGUGUCCACUACUGGUGACGAGGGUGUGGCAAUAAUUAUACAAGUUCUACUCUUUGUUGCCUUUGUUGCUCUAAUUAUUCUCACCAUUGGGGUUAUAUACAUAGGGGUGCAAGAUUUCUUAGAGAAGAGGGAGAGAGAGAAGUUUGAAAAAGAAGAGGCUUCCAACGAGAAGAAAGGAAAGAAGAAGAAGAAGGUUAAAACCAGAGAUGGGCCUAGGGGAUUUGGUCAAAAGAUUGAUGAAGAUGAUGAUGUUUGAUGUUGGUUAGAGAGCAAAAUCUUCCUUGCAAGCUCAUUUUCAUUGUGACUGCAAAAUUUUGCUUUUAUUUUAUGGAGGACCUGGUGUAGGCAAAUUCUUUUUUUUUGUCAGUAAUCCACUAAAAAUCUUGUCCACUGCUUCUGCUUUUCAUGUAACAAAUGUAGCAUCUACAGCUUUCUAAAUUAAAUUCCAUUGAAGGAUUUAUGUGGGGAAGAAGCAUUUUG